GCAGGGCCACGAUGGGCAUCCUGGAAUAUUGGUGUCUUCAUCUGCAUUCGUUGUGCUGGCAUCCACAGGAACCUGGGAGUUCAUAUAUCCAGGGUAAAAUCUGUCAAUCUUGACCAGUGGACACAAGAACAGAUACAGUGCAUGCAGGAGAUGGGAAACGGGAAAGCAAAUCGUCUUUAUGAAGCCUACCUGCCAGAGAACUUCAGGAGACCUCAGACAGAUCAAGCUGUGGAGAGCUUCAUUCGGGACAAGUACGAGAAGAAGAAAUACCUGGACCGAAGUAUUGACAUCAGCACGUUCAGGAAAGAAAAGGAUGACAAGUGGAAGAGGAGUAAUGAGGCAAUCUCAGAAAGAAAACUGGAACCUAUCAUCUUUGAGAAGGUGAAAAUGCCUCAAAAGAAAGAAGAAACGCAGCAGUCUAGGAAAAGUUCUCCUAAAUCUACUGAACCAGUAAUGGACUUGCUGGGACUUGACGCUCCUGUGACCACCACAGUCACAAAUGGCAGGCCUAGCAGCUUGGAGAAGGAUCUGGAUCUUUUUGCCUCGGUGGGAUCAAACUCUGACUCCAGGAAGGUCACUGGCUCUAUGCCAACAUCUGGAUGUGCUGGUUCUGUUCCUGAAAACCUGAACCUCUUCCCUGAGCCGGGAGGCAAAGGAGAGGAGGUGGGGAAGAAGCAGCUCUCUAAAGACUCUAUCCUCUCCUUGUAUGGCUCUCAAACACCUCAGCUGCCUGCACAAGCGAUGUUCAUGGCCCCAGCUCAGAUGGCCUAUCCUGCAGCAGCCUACACCAGCUUUCCAGGAGUCCCCCCCUCCAGCAGCAUGAUGGGAGGCAUGGUGGCCCCAUCUGUGGGCAUGAUGGCCCAGCCUGGGGCCGCAGGGCUGGUGACUCCCAUGGCCAUCCCAGCAGGGUACGUGGGCAACGUGCAGGCGGCCGUCCUCGGCGUCCCCAACGGGCUGCUGGCUGCACAGCAGGCUGGCUACGUGGCCACCAUGGCAGCAGUGCCCCAGCCCCUCUACGGCGUGCAGCCAGCCCAGCAGCUGCAGUGGAACAUCACCCAGAUGACCCAGCAGAUGGCUGGGAUGAACUUCUAUGGAGCUAAUGGCCUGAUGGGGUAUGGACAGUCGAUGGGCGGAGGAGGUGCCCAGGGAAGCAAUCAGUCCCUCAGCACUCAGAUGUCCAAAUGAGCCCUUGCGUUGUGACCAUUUUUGCCUUCUGUUCUGUUCUUCAAAACUGCUCCAUGAGACAUUCAGGGUUUUUCUUUCUGGCUGGCUGCCCAGCCCGAGCCUCUUUCCAUAACUGAGACCCAUCUCUGCCUUUUCACUGUCAGACACGGUGAAACCACCUCAGUGGUCAGAACAUGAGCUCCCCUGUAUUUAGCACAGUCAAUGCACACUUCUGGGGGGGACCCCCCUCCUUGCACAAACCUCCACUAAUGCUUCUGGGUAGCACUUGAUGUCCUGCUGGGUACCUGGGCAGAGGCGACCGAGGAACGUGGGAGACCU